AUGAAUCCACAAGGCCCAGAAAGACCUAAGGAUCGUGCCAAUACUGAUAGAAAAUGGUCUUUGACACAGCAGCAAGCGUCCCGAAAAUACGCUGACGGAAGAAAGCUGUUCAAGAAAAAUGAUUACGACAUGUAUACUGAUGUCGUCACAAUUAUCAGUGGAAGAUACGAUUCGGACCAGCAAGAAUGGGUGUACAAAUUGAAUAAUGGAAAGGGGGAAAGCAUUGAAGGAGAGACACGGGAAAAAGAUCUCCAGUAG